AUGCAGAACACCGACGGAGAUGACGAUGACGACUUCCAGAUCCCUCUUUCCUCUCAGCUUUCACUUCGCAGACCCCUUCAACCAACCAACCUUACCCUCUCUCACCGCCCUCCCAACAAGAAGCCUAGAUUAAGCCGUAAUCCGGGAAAGGAGAAUGUUGCUCCGGCUCCUGAAUCUAAAUCCGACGUAGUUCUUUCAUGUGGAAGUUUGUCGCUGGAUUCGGAUCUGUUCGGCUCGUCGUCUUCUUCUCCAGACUGUAGCUUAUUAGAUUGCAUCCCGUCGAGUGUUGAUUGCCCCGCAGGAGAUGCCGGUGAGCCAGUUCGUCCUCUCGCGGCGGAAACAGAAGACGGCCAAGUUUCUGCUGAUAAAGGGGACUGUUUUAAGGCGAAUCGUGAAGGGUAUUUCUGCAAUUCGAUGGAGGCUAGGUUAUUGAAGUCGAGAAUUCAUCUCAGUUCGAGUGUUGGAAUCAACGAGGAUGAAGAGGGGUUUGUUGAGUCCGAUUCUGAGCUUGACGUCUUGAUAAAGCUUUGCUCUGAGGGUAACAGUGGAGAGUGUAGUUUAGGAAAUGACGAUUCGAUUCAGUGCCCAUUGUGUUCAAUGGAUAUCUCAGCUUUGAGUGAGGAGCAGAGGCAACUUCACAGCAAUCAAUGUCUUGACAAGUCGCAUAAUCAUCAGGCUCCUGAGCAAGACUCACUUAGGAAAUGUGAGAAUUCAACUUCCUUAAUUGAAGAAUCUGUUGAUGAUCCAGUUCAGCUAGUGAAUGACAUGUCUCCAGUGCUUACAUGGCUAAAGAGCCUAGGUUUAGCUAAAUACGAAGAUGUUUUCAUUCGUGAAGAGAUUGACUGGGACACUCUUCAGUCACUCACCGAGGAGGAUCUUCUGAACAUAGGUAUAACGUCACUUGGUCCUAGAAAGAAGAUUGUGAAUGCACUUAGCACUCUUAGAGAAGAAGCAUGUGCAUCAAGUAGCCAUGUUACAGAGAGACAGAGGGAGAAGUCAACAAUUCGUAAGGCAAGUGAGCCUAGAAAACGAACCGCCAACAAGUUGAUUACAGAGUUUUUCCCUGGUCAGGCUACAGAUAGCACGAAGAUCCGAAAGUCCCCUAAAGAACCUGCUGCAGAAAAGAGUCCAUCAGAUUCAGGUUGUAGACGUGCUGUGAGAAGAAAUUGCAACAAUGGAAAAUCUAAAGUCACUCCACAGUGGAAUUGCAUCCCAGGGACACCUUUUCGAGUGGACGCAUUCAAGUACCUCACACGCGAUUGUUGCCAUUGGUUUCUUACACACUUUCAUCUUGAUCAUUAUCAAGGUCUGACGAAGUCGUUUAGUCAUGGGAAGAUAUACUGUUCUUUAGUUACUGCAAAGUUGGUGAACAUGAAGAUUGGGAUCCCUUGGGAGAAACUGCAAGUCUUGAACCUUGGCCAGAAGGUUAAUAUCGCGGGCACUGAUGUGACAUGCUUUGAUGCAAACCACUGCCCUGGUUCCAUCAUGAUACUCUUUGUACCAGCCAACGGUAAGGCUGUAUUACAUACGGGUGAUUUCCGAUAUAGUGAAGAGAUGUCAAAUUGGCUGAUGGGUUCUCCUAUAAGCUCUCUUAUCCUUGAUACUACGUACUGUAACCCCCAGUAUGACUUUCCAAAGCAAGAGGCGGUGAUACAGUUUGUUGUUGAGGCUAUUCAAGCAGAAGCCUUUAAUCCAAAGACCCUUUUCUUAAUUGGAAGUUACACCAUCGGAAAGGAGAGGCUGUUCUUGGAAGUUGCACGUGUUCUACGUGAAAAGAUAUACAUUAAUCCUUCGAAACUGAAACUCCUGGAAUGCUUGGGAUUCUCCAAGGAAGAUAUGCAGUUGUUUACAGUGAAGGAAGAGGAGAGCCACAUUCACGUCGUGCCCUUGUGGACCCUCGCCAGUUUCAAACGGCUCAAGCAUAUAGCUAACCGAUACACAAACCGAUACAGCCUUAUCGUUGCAUUCUCUCCCACUGGGUGGACAUCUGGCAAGACGAAAAAGAAGUCUCCAGGAAGAAGGUUACAACAGGGUACAAUAAUAAGGUACGAGGUUCCUUACAGUGAGCAUAGUAGCUUCGCGGAGCUGAAAGAGUUUGUGCAACAAGUGUCUCCUGAAGUGAUCAUACCGAGUGUUAACAACGAUGGACCUGACUCUGCAGCUGCAAUGGUGUCUAUGCUGGUUGCUUAG